AGCAGCACAGAGAAGACACAGAAGAGUAAGAACAUGGACUCGUCAUAUAAACAUCUUCAGUAAAGAUUACAUCUUUGUGCCUGUGAAUGAAGAGUCUCAUUGGUACAUUGCAGUUAUCUGUUUUCCUUGGUUAGAAGAAGCCAUAUAUGAGGAGUGUCACCAUCAGAAUUCGUUACAUCACCAGCCUCAACAGUCUCCGCUUUGGUCAGAGAGCGAGAACAGUAGAAUUGUUUCAGUGUUGGCCUUCUCUGGUGACUGCAAGGAUGAAGAAGAAAUGGAUGCUAAUAGAAGUUUAUUCUCAAAAGGUAGGCAAAUUUGUAAAAGGCCUUGUAUACUCAUCUUAGAUUCUUUGAAAGCUGGUUCUGUGCAGAAAACAGUUCAGGUUUUGAGAGAGUACCUUGAAGUGGAAUGGGAAGCUAAACGAAAAACGCAUCGAGAAUUCAAUAAAUCAACAAUGAUUGACCUGUGUCCCAGAGUGCCUAAACAAGAUAACAGCAGUGAUUGUGGGGUCUAUUUGCUGCAGUAUGUGGAAAGCUUCUUCCAGAAUCCCAUAGUUGACUUUGAACAGCCACUGCACCUGGAGAAGUGGUUCCCUCGUCAGCUGAUCAGAAGCAAAAGAGAAGAAAUUAGAGACCUGAUCUUGCAACUGCACUUUCAACAGCGUAGUGGCAGCAGCAGCUAA